UGUGACUGGGUUGUCAAAGAACCAACGAGCCCUUGAGGUGCCCAGAACAUGGUACUGUCUCUUUCCACAUACCCCUAAUGAAAAGCAACUGCAGUUUUAUUUCUGUAGUACUGCAAUAUUUGUUUCCAAAACAUUGAAUUGGGAAGUACAGUACAGUGUAGUGAAUGGUGAAUGGUUUUGGUCAUCCAGCAGUACAACCGAAUUUUCCAUAAGGGCGUCCACACUUGAGAUGCAUGUUAGGCUGACAUGUGAUGGGUUGAAAACAGACACUGAAUUGUGUUAUUUGCACUCCACUGUGUGCUGUUGAGUGCAGCGUACUCCCAACCAGAAAUAGGCACAUGGACAUAAAAAGUGAAAGCUCACCUGGGAAACACUCAUAGUCCUUGCCACACAGCACUCCACAGCACACAAUGUUCACUGACUGUGCACACAACAAAGUUGCAUCACCCAUGCAUGGGAGCAGCCUGAGACGGCGACUUUUGGUAGCAGUGUGGUGGGAUGGUGCCAUACAGGUAGCCUGAUAGUCAUCGACUUUCAAAUCUCUUCGAGACUUGAUCUGACCAAGAGCAUAACAAUGAACUUUUCCCAAAUGGCCUCCCUUGGUUUGCUAAUGAUUGUUUGUUUCCCAAUAAAGUGGGAGGAGUUCCCGUAGUUUGCAGGAACUCAGAAAGUACUUGCAUUAGGGCUGCACGAUUAUGGAAAAAAUAAUAAUCACGAUUAUUUUGGUCAAAAUCAUAAUCACGAUUAUUAAUCACGAUUAUUGAUUUUUGCAGAUUUUUAAAAAAAUUAUAACAAGAUGAAAUAUAACCAAGAAUGAAUUACAUACGGGAUGAGCAAAAUAAAAUGAAUUGUAAUAAUUAUGUAAAAGGCAAUAGCAUGAAACUUAGGUGGACAGAUUUCUGACCAGAAACACCAGCCUGUCAGUAUGUCCUGGCUUCAAGGACGCUCUCAAAAGUAGGUCACUAUUGCCACGAUUAAAUCACGAUUAAAAUCAUGAGUUCGAUUUCACUAUGUUAUCACGAUUUUGAUUAUUUUUCGAUUAAUUGUGCAGCCCUAACUUGCAUUGACUCUUGACCUGACUGGUAGCAACGCUGAAGCUGUUGCGUCACUAGGAGGGCAUGGCCUGGCUACCAUACAGGGUUCCUCACUCAUCAAGAACGAUGAGUGAUGGCACUGGUUAAUUACUCCUCCACCAACCUGGCGGAUCAGCAGUCAAACCUGCAACCUUUGGGCUACAAGCCCUGACUGUUUACCCAUGACUGCCCUUCCCAGACAUCACAGCCAAGAUUUAAAGCAUUAUCAUUAUUAUUCUACUUAUUACAAAAACACAUUAGGAUAGGCAUAUCUGUUUACAUGGUUUUGUUUUUCAAAUUGACAUGAUCAUUAAGUUACUGGACUACUCUUUGGGGCCAAACUUGUGGUAUAUGAAAUUGAAGUUUUCACAUUACUGUGUCUCACAGAUUGCAGUGAAUUGUUGCGUCCCCUUCUGUGGCAGAGAAGGUCGAGCCAAUUCUGCGGUUAGCAGAGAUUGAAAAGGACCUUGUCUCAGCUGGAGCAAUGGAAUCUGCUGUGAACACUGCACUUGAUGUUAAGCCUACUACAAUAUUCUGUCUUCAAUAUUGAAUGUGUGGAUUUAGACUGACAUAAAAGACGACGAGGAUGCCUCUGAUAAUAGUGCUGUAGUGGAGGCAUCUGUGACCAAGGAGGGGAACGAUACUCGGAAGAAAAUAAAAAAGCCCAAAAAGCACAAAAGUAAAAAGAAAAAGAAGAAGCGCAAGUGCGACAAAGACGGCAGUUCUGAGUCUGCAGAAUCCGAUUGCGAAAUGCGAACAAGAGCUGGAACAAAGAAGACUGAAUCCCCCUUGCCAUCAAAGGGUAGAGGACGAACUCGACUAAAAGAUGAAACCUCAGGAACCCCUGCAGCAGACUUGGGUGGGGAUGAUGGCAGUGAAAAAGCCAAGAAACCCAAACGACUCCCAGGGAGAAGAAAGGGCAAGAGAGGAAGGAAAAAGGCUGGGGCAAAACAAGACAAAGCAUCCCCGUCACAUUCUCCAUCUGAAGGCAGUGCUGCUUCAGGGUCCGAGUCAGACUCAGAGUCUAAGCAGUUGCCGGUGUCUGACAAGACAGACUUGGAUCAAACGACUACCAUGGAUUCUGUUGAGACCGUUUCAAAAGGCACUAGUAAGCCUCGUCGUGACAAAAUGGCCAAUGCUAGAACUGUGAAGUCAGAGCAUUUUGCUGAUAAUUUGGCUAAAGGAGAUGACCACUGUGAAACCACUGUGAAAGCUGGACGAUGCAGCGGAGAAAAUGGAAACUUAAAUAAACUGCAGGAUUUACCAGAUAUAAUCCCCAAGCAAGACAAUGUUCAAAAGGAGGAUGCAAGCCUUGCUACGACGUGUUCAGUGGAAGCAAAUGGAGAUCAGAUGGCAAAGGAUGGAAAGCAUAGGGAAGAAAAUCUCUCUGCCUCUCCGUCUCCCUCACAUUCUCGGUCAAGAUCUGUUUCAGACACAAAAAGGGUAAACUCAAGCCCAAGUUGUUCUCCAAGUCCUCCCCAAGCCCUUGGUAAAUCAGCCUCUAAUAAGGAAAGAUCUUCUUCCAGAUCUAGGUCAAGGUCUGUUUCGGACACGAGAAGAGUACAGUCAGAACAAAGUGUUUCUCCAAGCCCUCCCAGAGCCCUUGGUAAAUCAGCUUCCAGAAAGAAAAGCUCUCCUUCCAGUCCUAGGUCUACGUCAAGAAGAAGAGCUAGUCCUAAAAGGAAACCUUCAGCGUCACCUUCACCUAAACGUAGGUCCAGGUCAAGGUCUCUUUCAGACACAAAAAGAGUAAAUUCAAGCCCAAGUGUUUCCCCAAGCCCUCCCAGAGCCCCUGGUAAACCAGUCUCUAAAAAGGAAAAGUCUACAUCCAGUCCUACAAGAAGAGCUAGUCCCAAAAGGGAACCUUCAACAUCACCUUCCCCUAAGCGUAGAUCUAGGUCAAGAUCUGUUUCGGAGACAAAGAGCGGAAAAUCAAGUCCAAGUGUCUCUCCAAGCCCUCCACGAGCCCUUGGUAAAUUGCCCCCUAAAAAGGAAAGGUCUACAUCUGCUACUAGAAGAAGAGCUAGUCCUAAAAGGAAACCUUCAACAUCACCUUUACCUAAACUUAGGUCUAGGUCAAGAUCUAUUUCGGCGACAAAAUGGGCAAAAUCAAGUCCAAGUGUUUCUCAAAGCCCUCCCCGAGCCCUUGGUAAAUUGACCUUGAAAAAGGAAAGGUCUAUAUCAGGCCCUAAGAGGACUAGUCCUAAAAGGAGAUCUUCAAGAUCACCACCACCUAAACGUAGGUCGAGGUCAAGGUCAAUUUCGGACACAAGAAGGGUAAAAUCAAGCCCGAGUGUUUCUCCAAGCCCUCCCCGAGCCUUAGGUAAAUCAGCUUCUAAAAGGGAUAGAUCUUCUUCCAGACCCAGGUCUACAUCAGGCCCUAGGAGAAGGGCUAGUCCCAAAAGGAGAGUCUCAAAAUCACCAUUACCUAAACGUAGGUCGAGGUCCAGAUCCAUCCGGAGAUCAGGUCGUAAGUCAAGAUCCCCUUCUGUGAAGAGAAACCGUCGCUCUGUCUCCAGGUCACGCAACAGGAACAGAAGUCGUUCACCACGGCAUAACAGGCGAUCAACAUCCAGGCCCAUUGUCCGAAUGCGUCGCUCAAGAUCCAGGGGGUCAUUGUCCCGCAGAAGGAAUCGCAGAUCCAGGACAAGGUCUCGUUCUCUAAGAAGAGGCCGACUUUCUAGAUCACCUUCACGGACACGCAGAAGGACACCACUGUCCAGGGCAAGGAGAUCUCGUUCUAGGUCUGCUAGGAGAAUACGGCGAACACGGUCAAGGUCUAUUGGUCUUAUUAGGCGGUCGAGGUCUCGAAGGAGAGACCAGAGAGUCAGAAGAUCAAGGUCACGGUCUCUCCGCAAAAGAAGGUCAAGAUCUAGAACACCAAGGAGACUGACCAAGUCACGGUCAAGGUCCCCAGCAAGACGAAUGAGAUCAAAGCCCAGGUCCCCAGUGAGGGCUAGAUCUGUGUCCAAAUCUCCCAAACGUAGCAAACGAUCAAAAUCCAGAUCAGUGCCACGGCAUAAACAUUCAAGGUCCCGAUCGCCAGCAACAAGCAGCAGGCGUAUUAAACCAAUUAAGAGGAGGGAGUUUUCUCGGUCAAAGUCUCCAAACAGAAACAAGUCACUGUCUAGAUCUGUCUCAAAGGAUAGUGGGUCUUCUGACAGGAGCAUUUCUCCAUCCGAAGGACGUUCAAAGUCACGGUCCCUUUCUGGAGACAGGAGGGCAACAGUAACUCAAAAGCUAAAGCAGGCAAAAAGGUCUGACGAUUCUAUGAGUAGUAACUCUGAUGACGAGGACUCUGCAGUGUCACCUGCCAGUCAAUUGAAAAAGGCUCCACUGCCUGAAAAAAAUCUCUCUAAAUCAGGUACUGAAGCUCGUAAGGCUGCCAGGAGGAGCCACUCUAAUUCAUCAGAUGAGGAGGAUAUGGCCUCAUCUAAGGUUGAGAAAACUCAGCAUGUCCCUAAGACUACUGCACUAUGUGAUGAAGGCAAAAAAUCUACCUCACAUUUAUCUUCACCUGAGAAGACCUCAAAGGACUCGAACAGAAGAGAGGAUUCCUCUGACCGUGAUGAAUCAGACCAUUCAAGAGCAUCUUCUCCAGAUAGUACCAACCAUGAAGAAACAAAAUCAUCAAGUAAAUUAAGACCAACAUCACCCUCACCUACACGAAAAAAACGGUCAACAUCUCGGUCUUCCUCCCGAAAAAGACUCUCAAAAUCAAAGUCUCCUGUACGAAGAAAGCGAACCAAAUCAAGGUCAUCCAGCCGCAGAAGACACUUGAAGUCUAAAUCUCCAGCCAGGCGAAAGAGGUCAAGGUCGAGAUCCCCAGUGCGGAAGCGGAAAUCCAGGUCUCCAUCUCGUGGAAGAAGAAAAAGGUCUAAAUCCAAGUCACCUUUGAGAAGGAGAUCACGGUCUAGAUCCGCCACACGAAGGAGAAAGUCAACGUCCAAGUCUCGAACUCGGACAAAACGCUCCAAAACUAAAUCACCCAAACGAAAGCGAUCAAAGUCUCGUUCACCAGCAAGGAAGAGGCGUACCAAGUCUCGAUCACCAGCUCGAAGGAGGAGAUCGAGAUCCAGAGAUGAUGGCAAGCGCUCAAAAUCUCGCUCCCCCGGCAGGAAGAGAAGGUCUCGUUCUCGAUCUGGCACACGGAACCGACGCUCUCGUUCCGGUUCUCGCCAUCGGAAGCCAGGUUUCCGCAGCCGAUCCUUUGACCGCCGAGAUCGAUGGAAGCGCGAACCAAGUCACUCUCCAGUCCUAAUACUUCGAAAGAAGCGGUCGACCUCUCGAUCUCGUCGCAGCAAAAGCAAGUCACCACGUCUCACAGACCUUGAUAAGGACCAGUUGCUGGAGAUAGCAAAGGCUAAUGCAGCAGCUAUGUGUGCAAAGGCAGGAGUGCCCAUCCCUGAGAGUUUAAAACCUAAGGUCAUCCUUCAACUGCCUCUUCCAAACCCAUCUCCUCAGCCUCUGCAACUUCCUUUGCCUUUGCCUCUGCCCAUGCUGCAAGGGAUGCAAGGGAUGCAAGGGAUGCCAAUGAAUCUGCCCUUGGGUAUGCCAGGAAUGGGCAACAUGCCAGGAAUGGGCAACAUGCCAGGAAUGGGCAACAUGCCAGGGAUGGGCAACAUGCCAGGGAUGGGCAACAUGCCUAUGAAUGCUGCCAUGGCCAGUAUGACGGCAGCUACAAUGACUGCUGCCCUUUCCAACAUGGGGGCAUUGGCGGCCAUGUCUCCCAUGCCACCUCUUCCCACCAUCACAAACAAGCCACCUCCUGCACCACCCGCACCAAAUCUCGCCACCAUCGAGGAAGUGAAGAGGAAGGUGACUCAACAGGCCAAUAGCUUCACCAUUAAGGAACUCACAGAGAAAUGCAAGCUAAUAGCAGCAUCCAAGGAGGAGACUGCCUCAGCCAAGGCCCACAUGUCAGAUGAUGACUGAUAGUGAAACAGGAACCAUUUCCCUAACCCCCAUCCAACAUUUGCCAGACCUCCUUUUAACCACUCUUCUGCCCUUGAUGUGACCAUCUACUGGACUUGAAGAUGCCCUUGGUAGAUGGCACUCGUGUGACAUGAGAUUCGACAGACUUUGAAAAAGUUGAAUCAGACUUGACCAGGUUUGGGGGCCAGCAGUGAUCAACAUAUUUUACAACGACAGGUUUCCCAAACUCACUUGAGAGGGGAGAAAUCUGACGAGAUAUUCUCCACAAAAUACAUCUGACUAAAAUAUGGGGGAGAAAGUAAAUUUUCCUCCUCUCAUACAGUUGUCCAAAGGCAACUUGUAGAUGGUGCGUGUGCAAAGUGGAGCUUUCAGGAUCACCAGUUUUGUGUAAUUGCGAGUGUCUACUUGAAGGACCUUAUGGCAUAUUCCUCUCCAUUACGUUUUCCCCCAUAUUAACAACCCCUUUUAUUGUAGUGCAGACCUGUCUUUAAGACUUGGGACAAAUGAUACAGAUGUUGUAAAGAUGUACGCUUUUAACCUUUUUUUAAUUCUUGUGUUUGUAUUUCAUGGAUGGCUCUUACUUUGUUCUGGCUACUACAGCUUACAGGCCAUUAAACCAUCUGUAGUGUAACAUUUUACAAUGAUUUUGGUUAAAUGCUGGUUUAAAAUAUGACAUAAAAACUUGGGUUUCUUAUGCUGUAAUUUCAGCUCUGGUGUGGUUGGGGAAGUGUUUGCAUUAAAACUCUUCUCAAUCAUUUUUUGAAAUGCAGUUGUAUUACAAAGCUGUUUUAUGUGGUAGUUGUUAUUCAGACGUGCACAUUUUUUCCCCCACUCUGUUCAAGUCUAGGCGAUGCAGUAGGCUGUUUUUGGUUUGAUUUCUUUUGAGACUGGUAUGAGUACAGUAUUUAGUUUCUGACUGGCUUGACUGAAAAGCUCACACCAGGUAACAUCAUUUAGCCAUGUUGAGAAUUCAGCGUUUUGGUAAUAAUUGAACUGCAGUUACAUGCAUGGAUUAUUCAGGUUUCAAACGGAAUGUUGUUAGUUUUUGGUUUAAAACUGGUUCUGCAAUCUAACGUUUACAUGUGUGAAACAACUGUCUACACCGAGAAUAUACAUGGCUCGUGUACAAACCGAAUAAAGCUACCAUUCUGUUUAAAAUCGGAAUAUUCCUAGCAUGCAUGUAAUGGGUCAGAAACAAUUGUUUUGAAACCUGAACUGUAAUUUUCUGUGUUCAUCUCUGUGCGUUUUUGUAUUGUGCCAUCCUGAUGCGUAGAAGCUCACUCGUACUGCCCAUUUAAAAGGGAUACCGGUAUUUUUUUGUCUCUUUCCCCUUUGUAAGUGAGUGCAACCCCAGGUUCUCAGAAUGUAGUUUGCCAUGUCCAUUCUGUUGAACCUGUUGAACAUCUGCACAUCCCAGUACAGUUUCAUAUGUACAUAGCACACAGAUGUUGUUUUGCAGUAUAAUACUGAAGCGGCCUAGUCAAUAGGCCCGCUGUUUCCUCUGUACACACAGCCCAUAUGUUAACCUUCACAGACAUUGAGUUAAUGACAGCUAGAUUGCAGAAGUCGUGAUCUACACCAUUGAUAAUUGAUAAGCUUGGGUAUGUUUUGAUACCAGAGCAUAGAGUUUUAACUUGGGCCAGUUGUUUUUAUAAUGUUUAUUUAAUCACAUCUAUGGGUUGUGAUUUUGGAACUAGAGAGAGAAUAUGCUAGCAGCGCAAUCUUGAUCAGGGUAAUGGACUGCUUGACCAAUUUCUAAAAUGUAUAUUUCCGUUGCAGAAUUGAAAGACCUUUCCUGAAAACCCAAGUUGUUCACCCGUAGUGUUUCCUAUUUUAAAACCACAUUUCAGGUUUUGUCCACAAGGACAAUAAUUUGCUUGCUUUGUAUAUAAUGCCAUGUUGAUUAUUAAAUGAAACUACUGCGAAAAUA